AGAUGAGUCGUACCGUAUGAAACCAACACCAAUUUUACGUGGAGCAAGUGCAGUGGGCUCCAAUAAAAGACAUGUUAAACACGAAACAGCACAUAGUAGUAAAAGUGAAUCAACAACUGACUCAAUGUCCCGCCUUCAGAAUAACCAGUUAGUUGCGAUCAAUUCCGAUAAUAUAUUGAACGAGAGUUUGGAUCAGGCUAGAUUCAAUUUAGCCACACAUGUUAUGUCGAAUGGAGUACAACUCAUCAUUGCAAGCGAUAAAAUCAAGCAUAUUGAUAAACAAGCGCCAUCGGUUCAUAGCUCGUCGAUUAGUCUCUCAUCGAGAAAUGUUCAACAGAAACCUGUCACUCUUGCACCCAGUACACUGAAGAAUCAUAUGAUCCUGGCAGUGCCUACUGUUAGACAGGAGAAUUUCUCGAUUCCAAUUGAAGAGAACCAAUUCAUUACAAAGACGUGCUUAACCACAUAUACAUAUCAUACAACAUACCUUAACAAGGGAAGCACUACAGUGGAAAGUAGAGAGAAGAUCGUAUUAAAUCGCCAAACGGAAGAGCGCAAAUUUUUGCGCGCAAGCAGUAAAUUGUCGCUUGGCGUAACUCUUUCAAAUAUACCUGAACUAGUGGUGGGAAUAUUUCCAACAACAUACCACUAUUAUAAUUCAAUUAAAAACAACGACUUUGUUAUCAGAUCAAGUUACACAAUAAUUAAUACAGUGACUGGGCCGGAGGAUUACAUUUCGUUUCUACAGCCUUCAGAAGAUGCAACUCCCCUUUUAGAUACAAAUACAUACUACAGUCCCUUGAAUGUAAUAAUAACACAUCUAGAUGGAGUGGACGCAACGAGAUUUCUAGCAGAUGAAAAUAUUUUGACACAAGUUGUCAUCACGGAAUCCAUUCCCCCACGAGGUGCAUCGAAGUCAAAAAAUUGUGAGACUCUUACAGCAGCUAACCAAAUGGAAGAAGAAAUCCAAAUUUAUGCAACGAAAACCUAUUUGACAACAGUUACAUAUCACUUGUCAACAGAUUUAGGCUUAAAAUCUGAAGGACAGUCAUCCAUACCCGAACACGAAAUGGAAGCCCAAACCAAUUUACAAACAAAGGUGAUUGUCAAUGUUAUGACGGAUGUUGUGCCAAAUUCAUUGUUGCGACCGGAGCUUGUAUCCGUGUUCCAAACUGAGCUAAUACAAACGAAGGGUCAAAAUAAUCGAAAAGUACUUGUUACAUUGGCUACGCUGCUAAGCGGAGAGACAUUGCAAAUAACUGCAGUGAAUAUACAAAAAAACUCGUCGACUGCAACACCCACAGUUCUGCUACGUGAUCAAGAAUUAGUAAAACACAGUUUUGAUUCCUUAAACCCAACUAGCGUUAUAGUUAAUACAGAUAAAGAUGAAACAACAAAAGUCCAAGUCCAGCAAAACCUUGAUCAAAGCCUUUCAGAAUCAGAAAAAAAUAGUGUUUACAUUAAGCCAGUGAUGAAGCAACCUUCUCAGUCUUCAUCAAUGUCAGCCUCGCCGACAGUAGAUCAACUAAUUGGUUCAUUAAACUUGAAACGCUUUCGACCAGUAUUUGACGUAAUGGCCGAGUUCUUACAAAAACAAUUAGUUAAUCGACAAGCGGAGACAAAACAGAAUAUGGAUGAUCUCUCUGUAAUGGAGAAAAAUCAAACCAAUAGGCUCUCAACCCAAAAUCAAUUAGACGAAAAGCCUGUUUACAUACCUUUACAAACACCAGAACCACAUACUGAUUUUCAAACCAAUAGUAUAAAACCUAUUUCCCACAUCAAUCUAAAAAGGUUAACAGCAUAUAGUCUUCACAUCAAUCCACCCGACUUUCCAGAUGGAGCAACCGACAGCUGGCUACGACAGCAAAAUAAUAAUAGUUCACCAACAUAUAUUGAAUCAGUAAGACCUCAUUCAGCCUAUGGAAACUCCGUGCUGAAUAAUGGAAUAUCAAUACGACCUGGGGAGAUAAUAAAUGCAAAUGCUGAUGUCAUUAUUGGCCGACCGAACGGGAUAGGCAUUCAAUAUUUUCGUCAAAAUGCACUGUCCAAAACACACAGCGACAAUGAUAUAUUAAUAGAAUAUACAAACCAAACAUCUACAAAUUACAACGUGUCACCAUUAAAAAAAAAAAAUUGGAUUCCACCAGCAAUCCCACUUUCUCUAACCCCACCACGCAUCAUACCGAUCGAUGUGGGAAAUAAGUACUACAAUCUGGAACGAUUGAAAACAAACCGAAAUCAGCAUCGAGGGCUAGCAGAUGGGUUCAACCAUAUACUUCGGCCACCAGCAUCGCAAGCUGUUCACAAAUAUACAGAGUUCAGUACAGCGUCAUCAUCAUCAGGAGCCAAAUUUAAAUUGCCAGGCAUAGACAAUAGACCAAGCAAUAAUCGCAAUAGCCAUCUCUAUGGAUCGCAGCAACUAAUUGGUAAUUUAAAUGCAGAGUUGCACGAUAAUAAAAUUUUGGAAAUCAAACAAAUACCUCAGAUAUUCGCCACACAAUUACCAACGAUCACGACAUAUCUAAUGUCUGACAGUAAUUACUACCAGCAUAUAUCACCAAAGAUAUCUGCCCAUCAUCAUGUAAGUCUGAAGACAGAUGUGCUCAAUCAUAAUGUCAACAUUAAUGUCCCACCGUUGACUUUUAAGAGGGAAAGUGAAAACUUUCCACUUGGAACUGCUCUUCGGGGCCACAUAGCCACACCCCCCAUUCCUCUUAUUAAAAUACCGUUGAAUAAAGCACAUGUUGAGGUUGAAAUAACACCUCAGAAUACAAGGCUAUCUAUUAAUGCGGCUAAUACAGCCAAUGAUUCGAGCAUUAUAAAACAAAUAG